AUGGUGGACGCAUUAACACACCAUAUUCAAGGGGAGAUACCGUGGUCAUGGUGUAUGUUAUUCACUGACGACAUAAUUCUGAUUGAUGAGACGCGAGACGGUAUUAAAGAGAGGAUGGAGGUUUGGAGACAUGCCCUUGAGUCUAAGGAUUCCAAGCUGAGCAGGACUAAGACGGAAUACCUGGAGUGCAAGUUCAGUGCCAAGCCGAGAAAAGCGAGUGUGGAAGUGAGGCUUGAAUCACAGGUCAUCCCUACUAGAGGCAGUUUUAAGUACCUUGGGUCGGUUAUCCGGGGAGUGGGGAGACAGACAAGGAUGUCGCACACCGUAUUGGGAUGGGUACCCGCAGAACGAGCGGAAGAAGAGGCGUACCUGUGCUGUGAGGUCACUGAAGUUUCCGGCGAUUUGAUUCGACUGGAGAAAGUGCCGACGGGUUCACCGGAGGCUGGAUCCGUCGGCCUAGUUUAA